UUCUUCUUCCUUCUUCUUCGACACGUGGGAGCGGUUCAGUAAACCGAUUGAUUCAGAGUUAGUUCGGUUAAAUUGGAUGGGAAUUUUGGUUUAAUUCGAUUUGAAAUUCAAAUUGAAAAGUAUUAACCUCUCUGGUUUAAUGUUUGAGCUCAACAGCUUCCUUGAUCUUCCAUUACAAUUUCUUCAUCUCAAGCACAUACAUUGCUUACUCCUCACUUCUCCAAUCUUCUACACCCGCCGCGAUCUCUUUUUCUCUCAUCUUCUCCGUCGCUGCUGCACAGCCACAACUCAACUCCGUUACGCUCGUCGUUUAUUAUCUCAAAUCCGAACUCCCAGCAUUCAACUAUGGGAUUCGCUCGUUGGUCACUUCUCCGGUGGGAUUACUCUCAACCCCCGUUUAUCUUUUCUUGUUUAUCUCAAUAUGCGGCGCAACGGUCUCGUCCCUAGCCGCCACACGUUUCCUCCGCUUCUCAGGGUUGUUUUCAAAUUGAGAGACUCGAAUCCGUUUCAGUUUCAUGCUCAUAUAGUGAAAUUCGGAUUGGAAUCGGAUCCAUACGUGAGGAAUUCGUUGAUUUCGGGUUAUUCAAGUUCUGGGUUAUUCGAUUUUGCAAGUCGUGUUUUUGAUGGAACUGAAGAUAAGGACGUGGUUUCUUGGACUGCGAUGAUUGAUGGGUUUGUGAGAAACGGGUUUGCGUCAGAAGCAAUGGCCUACUUCGUGGAGAUGAAGAAUACUGGAACCGCAGCUAAUGAAAUGACUGUUGUGAGCGUCUUGAGCGCUACAGCCAAGGCUGCAGAUGUUCGAUUUGGGAAAAGCGUUCAUGGGUUUUACUUAGAAACAGGAAGAGUGAAAUGUGAUGUGUUCAUAGGGAGUUCUCUGGUGGAUUUUUAUGGGAAAUGUGGUUGCUAUGAUGAUGCCCAGAAAGUGUUCGACGAAAUGCCAAGUAGAAACGUGGUUACUUGGACGGCGUUGAUUGCUGGAUAUGUGCAAGGUCGUUGCUUUGAUAAAGGGCUGUCAGUUUUCGAGGAGAUGAUAGAGAGUGAUGUUGUGCCUAAUGAAAAGACUCUAAGCAUUGUUCUUUCAGCGUGUGCUCAUGUAGGGGCCCUUCACCUAGGAAGAAGGGUGCAUUGUUAUGUGAUUAAGAAUUCGAUUGAGAUAAACACUACAAUGGGAACAACACUGAUUGAUCUUUAUGCCAAGUGCGGGUGUUUAGAGGAAGCUAUAUUGGUUUUCGAGAGACUUCCUGAGAAAAAUGUGUAUACUUGGACUGCCAUGAUUAAUGGACUUGCAGCACAUGGACAUGCAAGAGGCGCAGUUGAUCUCUUUCAGACCAUGUUAAGGAGUCAUACUUCACCAAAUGAAGUUACAUUUAUUGCUGUAUUAAGCGCCUGUGCUCAUGGAGGCCUUGUGGAAGAGGGUCAAAGGCUUUUCCUGAGCAUGAAGGAACGAUUCAAUUUGGAGCCAAGUGCUGAUCACUAUGCGUGUAUGGUUGAUUUAUUUGGAAGAAAUGGUUUGCUAGAAGAGGCAAAGGCUUUGAUAGAGAAAAUGCCAAUGGAGCCAACAAAUGCAGUAUGGGGAGCUCUGUUUGGGUCUUGUUUAAUACACAAAGACUACGAGUUAGGUAAAUACGCAGCCUCCCGUGUGAUUAAGCUGCAAACUAGUCACAGCGGGAGAUACACGCUCUUGGCUAAUUUGUACUCGGAAUCCCAAAACUGGGAUGAAGUUGCUCGGGUUAGAAAGCAAAUGAAAGAUCAACAGAUGGUGAAAUCGCCUGGAUGUAGUUGGAUUGAAGUGAAAUUAGUUUAUCAGAUGUUUUGGAAGAUGAGUUUAUCAGAUGUUUUGGAAGAUUUGACUCCUCAAUCUUGACUUUGGGACCU